AUGCACGUUGCUCUCGCUCUAUCCUACGUUGUAGCUGUUGCUACAGCGUCACCCGUUGGGUUUCUUUCAGAGCUUUUCAAGCGGGAAAGCUCAGACAGCUCAGACGACUUCAGCCCGCUAGAGGUAUAUCCUGGCAAUUUAACGCAAAUGUCCAACUGGUCAAACUGGACCAACCCUUCGAACUGGAACAGCACUUCGGGAUUCAAUGGCACCGGUAACGGUACUGUUGGUGGUGGAAACGGUACUGCUGUUGGUGGAAACGGCACCACAGGCGGAUUCCCAGGCAUCGGCUGGCCAUCGCCCAAGUUGCAGGUUUUCAUCACGGGCGGUGAAUACCAGAUGUCCAACUGGACGAUGUCUCCGGACGUGGAAGUCACCACUUUGUUCAACCACUCGUCUCUCAACGCAACGUAUCUAUACAGCGUAGCAGCCUCGGUCUCUAGCUCGCUAGAAAGCGAGCAGUACACAGGCGUGGUGGUUGUUGGAUCGGAAGCAGCUCUGGAAUCGCUUGGUUUCUUCCUCAGCGUCGUGACAGACUCGCCAAAGAGCCUGGUGGUCACUGACGAUGUGGACACAGGUAUCCAGGUUGCAUGGUCUGAGGACUCAUGGUGGCGCGGAGUCUUGGUGGCCCACAAAACGUCUAUCUACUCUGGGGCCCUUUACUCGGCCUCUAAGCCUCAUGCGGGCAAGAUAGGCGCUAUUUAUCAGUACGAACCUUGGUUCUGGUUCACACCUGCAUGGCCCACUUUCUUGUCGCCUGACAACACGCUACGCUACGAAUACACCAAUUUCACCGAAGUUACAACGGCAAAUUCAACUUUCAGCUCCUCUGCUCCAACCAUCCCCGUGCUGUACGACGGCUACUUCGACCCAUCGCUAGUGAACUCGCUCAGCAGCUCCAUUAAGGGUCUGGUCGUGGUUUCUUCUGGCAAUUCGACCACCAGCGAGCUCAAAUCGCCUUCUGUGCCUGUUGUGUUCACCUCCGAUGACGCAGAGCCCGUCUUUGAAGAAGACGUACCUUCUGGUGCCAUUGCUGGCGGCUUGUUUUCGCCUGUGCAAGCACAGCUACUACUAUCGAUUGCCAUUGCCAGUAACGCUACUGAUCCUUCCGGUUUGCAAGACUUGUUUUUGUCAUAG